GCUCUUAGCGAACGGCUCCCAUCCAUCACACAGAGGGAAACACCGAGCAGCACCAGGAUCGCAAUGGGCCGACUGGAUCGCGGUGUGGUUACUCUGGCUGCGUUGCUCUGUGUGGCCACACAGGUUCUGUGCCAGCUGUGCAACAGGCCCUGCCUUUGCCCUGCUUCUGUCCCUCAGUGCGCUGCAGGCGUCCCUCUGGUGCCGGACGGCUGCAGGUGCUGCCAGGUGUGUGCUCGGCAGCGAGGCGAGUCGUGCUCAGAGAUGCUGCCCUGCGACAGGCAGAAAGGACUGCAGUGUGACUUCAGCGCCAGCUUCCCUGGAGACCCGGGAGAGUGUGUUGGUGACGAGGAUCUGAGCUGCAAGGUGAACGGCAUCACGUACCUCAACGGUCAGUCGUUCCAGCCGUCCUGCGACUCCUACUGCCACUGCCGAGGCGGAGGGGUGAGCUGCGUGUCGGCCUGUCCGCUGACGGGCCGUCUUCCCACUCCGGACUGUCCCAGCCCGCAGUUCGUCCGUUUACCGGGGAAGUGCUGCAAGGAAUGGGUGUGUGAAAAUCUGGAAAACACCGUGAUUCAAGACGCCAUUACAGCCAUGAAUCCAGGCAGGUCGGGGUCAACGAUGCCAGGAGCUCCUGUCCUGAAACAGCUGGUCCUGCCAGCCUCCAGCUGCGUGGAGCAGGCCACCCAGUGGAGCGCCUGCUCCCAGAGCUGCGGGGCCGGCAUCUCCACUCGGGUCUCAAACCAAAAUCCUGCCUGCAAGCUGCAAAUGGAGACCCGACUGUGCAAAGUGCGGCCCUGUGGAGCCGUUCAGCCUGCACUAAGGAAACCCAGGAGGGGACAGCAGGGUUGGUGCAAAGCCAGCUACAGGUCACCAGGUCUCAUCCGACUCGUGCAUCAUGGCUGCUUCAGCACUCAAGCCUAUCAGCUGCGGUACUGUGGCCAGUGCAACGACUCUCGAUGCUGCACGCCACACCAAACCUCCACCGCUCAGGUGACCUUCCGCUGCCCUACUGGCAGACUCCUGCAGAAAGCUGUCAUGAUGAUCCACUCCUGCGUGUGUCACAACAACUGUCCCUACGCGCCUUACAAAACCCGGCUCUCUGGGCACACAGGCCCUGAUUGGUCUGUGGAGAAUCGGACGACUGAUCUGAUAGGCUGGCUGGUGAAAAACAUCUCAAGGUUCAAUGUAAAUGAAGACAGACAUGAAAAUGAUCAGGGGAAACUGUGACUGACCUGAACGAAUGUUGAUUUAUAUACAUUGAUGAACUCUGCACUCUCUUGAAAGCUUCAAGAAGCUCUGGCAUCUUUUAAAGCAUUUAUGUGGUCAUUUUAAUCACAAUUUAAACAACUUUAGUUCAAAAACAUUCUCUUAAAUAGGAACUAUUCUGCAAAAUUCACAUUUUGCACUGCAAAAAUACAAAAUCUUGCCAAGUAUUCUUGUCUAGAUUCUAGUGCAACUUGAAAUAAGACAAAAAGAACUUUUGAGUAAAUUUUCUGCGAGUUAUAGGCGCUUGUUUUAAGUAAAUAAAUCUUUAAUAUUGAUGAAAACUUACUAGUUCCAUUGGCAGAUUAUUUAACUUAUAAUAUGGGAAAAAUAUUUUGUUGUAAAUGAAAUAAUCUAUUAGAACUAGAGCUUUUUCAUCCAUCUUGAGAAAUUAUUGACUUAAAAUCAGCUCCUAUAGUUUGCAGAAAAUUUACUCAUAAGUUGGUUUUGUCUUAUUUCAAGCUCACUAAGAUAUUUGUACGAGAAAUUAGACAAAAGUUUCUUAUAUAUUUUGCGAUUUUUUACUUAUAUUUGGGUCUCUAUUGCCCCUCACAUAACCUAGCAAGCACAGCCAAGCUCCAGCAUGUUUUGACUAUACUGCGGCUGCUGGAAAAGAGAAAUGCUUUGAUGUUGAGUUACCAUCCAGAAACCACUUGCUGGAUUCUUGUUGGUUGUGCAGGAGGCUCCACUUCUGCUUUGCAAAGGUAAUAAGUCAUAAUUGGUUACCUAUUUGCAGCCAUUUUUACAUGUGAACGUAAACGUUGAGUUGGAGGGCCAGCGGCUUAUUUGGAUGUAAAGUGAAUUGAAACAGUUUGGCAAAGAAGAGGGAAAAGGACUUGAUUUGUUUUCCUGAAACCUGACCUUUGACCUAACUAGAUUUAAAGUAAUACAUAUUUUAAAUAUGUAGCAGCAUCUUUUGGAGCUAACAUGUAAAUAGAUUCUAGUACAUGUCCAUUAUCUGUUGUCAGUGUACUUAAAGAAUAACUUUGAGCAGUGAUUUCAUUUUUUCAGCCUCUAAAGUGUACAGUUUUAAAGUCGUAAUAGCAGUUUAUUGAUGUUGCACUUUGUUUGUUGUUGUUUAUAAUGUAAAUAUUUUCUAGACAGAAGCUUUUCUUCAAAUGAAUAUUUUUAUAUCCUGUGUCAUAGUUUUUUUUCCUAAAUAAAUUUAAUGUUUUUACAAGU